UGGAAAGUGUUUUUUUCAAACGUGACUUACCCUUCUUCCAUCAUUAUAGUUCUAGACUUGUUUAUAUGAUCCAUAAUAACCUAGAAUUAGCACAUGGACAACAAAAAACUAAAAACAAACAUAUAAAAGAAUACAAAAUGAGUUCCCAAAGAGGAAAUGCAAAACGAACAAGGCCUCAAAAAUAUCAAAAUCGUCAUGUUUUCAAAAAUGAUCUUCAUGAUAAAUCGCAAAAAACAAAAACAAUAAAUAGCAUACAAGUUAAUAAUGUUUGUGAGAGAUGUAAAAAAAUAAUUGAAUGGAAAAUAAAAUACAAAAAAUUUAAGUGUCUCAAAACACCAGCAAAAUGUGCAAAAUGCGAACAAAAAGUUGUAAAACAUGCUUACCAUAUAAUGUGUGGAAAUUGUGCUAAAGAAAGAGAUGUCUGUCCAAAAUGUGGACUUAAAGCUGAAUUAAUUGAAGCACAACCAACUCCCGAAGAACAAUUGAAAUUGGAUGCUGAAUUACAAUUGAUGCUUAAGGAAUUACCUGAAAGAAAGAGAAGAACAUUUAUUCGUUACAUGAAUCAAAAAGUCAAGAAAACAUCUGCUGAAAACCAAACUGAAUUAAGUGAAUGCAACAAGGUUUCUGAUAAGACAGAAAAGGAAGAGAAAGACGAAGAAGGAGGAAGUAAGACAAUGCGAGAAGAUUUAUUAGAAAAAUUAAAAUCCUUGACUGUAAAGGAAGGCGUGAGUGACUGUAUUUCUGAUUUAGAUUAUAGUGAUGAUGAUGAUGAUUCCUUAGAAAAUAAUUAAUUCGAAAAUUACAAUUUACAAUAAAUGGUUUCUAUUUAUAAGUUUACCUCAUUCUUUAUUACUAGAUGAUUUUUUGGAGAAAUGUUAAGUUUGUUAUACUGUCAAGUAAGUUUUCUUGUUUUAUACAAUUAAAAGUGAAUCUUUAAACUGUUAAAAAAUAAUAAAAUACUAAAAAAAAAUAAAUUUAAAUCUCCUAAUGAAUUAUCAAUCUUGUUUUCUUGUUAUAAAUAAAAUGUAUUCAAAUAUAA